AUGUCAGGAGAAACAGAGUGGGAUGAUAUUCAGAUAAAGUUGGGCAACAAAGCUGCACCACCAAAGAAGUUGACAGAGGACGAGAUAUUCGAUCUCAUUCAAGAGGCUGCACAAUAUGCCUCUGAGAAAGAGAAACAAGAGAAGCUAGAUAAUGCUUCACUCGAAGACUUGAAAGAGAUGGAAGACGAUGAAGAUGAACAAGUUUUAGAGAAAUUAAGACAGAGAAGAAUUGCACAAAUGAAAGCGGAAGCAGAGAAAAAUAAAUUUGGUGAACUUUAUGAGAUUUCAGAGCCUGCCUAUAAGAGUGAGGUAACAGAAACUACUGGUUAUUUCGUUGUAGUAUUACUUUUUAAGAAUGGUAUUCCACAAUGUCAGUUGGUAAAUGAAAUUUUGAAGGAAUUGGCAAAGAAACAUAGAGCAACCAAGUUCGUUCGAAUUAGAUCGGAGGAAGCUAUUCACAACUACCCAGAUAGAAACCUACCAACUAUUUUGGUUUAUUUCAAUGGUAUGAUUGUCAAUCAGAUGAUUACACUGGCAAAGAUGUACGGUGAUCAAGUCAAUGCCAAAGACAUAGAGUGGUGGCUGUCGAGAUGCGGUGCAGUCAAGACUGAAAUGAAAGAAGAUCCAAGAACAGCAAAGAAAACCAACAUCACAACCACCUCGAAAUCAUUAAACUCAAAUCGUGCACGUAUAGAAGAUUCUGACGAUGAUUACUCUGACGACGAUUAA